GUUCUGCGGCCGCUGCUGCCAGCCGCGCGGCUCCCGCAGACCCGCGGGCGCAGCGGCAGGAGGUGAGGCGCCUGGGGGCCGCGGGCCGAGCGGCGGGGUGCCCCGAGCACUAUGCUGGACCCGUCUUCCAGCGAAGAGGAGUCGGACGAGGGGCUGGAAGAGGAGAGCCGCGAUGUGCUGGUGGCGGCCGGCGGCUCGCAGCGAGCGCCGCCGGCCCCGGCUCGUGAAGGGCGGCGGGACGCGGCGGGGCGCGCGGGCGGCGGCGGCGGCGCAGCCAGACCCGUGAGCCCGAGCCCCUCGGUGCUCAGCGAGGGGCGAGACGAGCCCGAACGGCUGUUGGACGAGGAGCAGGAGCGGAGGAUCCGCCUGCAGCUCUACGUCUUCGUGGUGAGAUGCAUCGCGUACCCCUUCAACGCCAAGCAGCCCACCGACAUGGCCCGGAGGCAGCAGAAGCUUAACAAGCAGCAAUUGCAGUUACUGAAAGAACGGUUCCAGGCCUUCCUCAAUGGGGAAACCCAGAUUGUAGCCGAUGAAGCAUUUUGCAAUGCAGUUCGGAGUUACUAUGAGGUUUUUCUGAAGAGUGAUCGAGUGGCCAGAAUGGUUCAGAGUGGAGGAUGUUCUGCUAAUGACUUCAGAGAGGUGUUUAAGAAAAACAUAGAAAAACGUGUGCGGAGUUUGCCAGAAAUUGAUGGCUUGAGCAAAGAGACAGUGCUGAGCUCCUGGAUAGCCAAAUAUGAUGCCAUUUACAGGGGUGAAGAGGACUUGUGUAAACAGCCAAACAGAAUGGCCCUGAGCGCUGUUUCUGAACUUAUUCUGAGCAAGGAACAACUCUAUGAAAUGUUUCAGCAAAUUUUGGGGAUCAAAAAACUAGAACACCAACUUCUUUAUAAUGCAUGUCAGUUGGAUAAUGCAGAUGAACAAGCAGCCCAGAUCAGAAGGGAACUUGAUGGUCGUUUGCAAUUGGCAGAGAAAAUGGCAAAGGAAAGAAAAUUCCCCAGAUUUAUAGCAAAAGAGAUGGAGAAUAUGUAUAUAGAAGAGUUGCGGUCUUCAGUGAAUUUGCUAAUGGCCAAUUUGGAGAGUCUUCCAGUUUCAAAAGGCGGUCCAGAAUUUAAAUUACAAAAAUUAAAACGUUCACAGAAUUCUGCCUUUUUGGACAUAGGAGAUGAGAAUGAGAUUCAGCUGUCAAAGUCCGACGUGGUGCUGUCAUUCACCUUAGAGAUUGUCAUAAUGGAAGUGCAAGGUUUGAAGUCAGUCGCUCCCAAUCGAAUUGUUUACUGUACAAUGGAAGUGGAAGGAGGAGAAAAACUGCAGACAGACCAGGCCGAAGCCUCAAGGCCACAAUGGGGAACCCAAGGAGAUUUUACCACUACUCAUCCACGGCCUGUGGUCAAAGUAAAACUCUUCACGGAAAGCACUGGGGUCUUGGCCCUUGAAGAUAAAGAACUGGGAAAGGUGAUAUUAUACCCAACUUCUAAUAGCUCCAAGUCAGCUGAGUUGCACCGAAUGAUCGUUCCAAAAAAUAGCCAGGACUCUGACUUAAAAAUCAAAUUGGCAGUGCGAAUGGAUAAACCACCACAUAUGAAACAUAGUGGAUAUCUGUAUGCCCUUGGACAGAAGGUUUGGAAAAGAUGGAAAAAACGUUACUUUGUUCUUGUUCAGGUUAGCCAAUACACCUUUGCUAUGUGCAGUUAUAGAGAAAAAAAGUCUGAACCACAAGAGUUAAUGCAGCUUGAAGGAUACACUGUGGAUUACACAGAUCCCCACCCAGGCCUUCAGGGUGGUCAGAUGUUCUUUAAUGCUGUUAAAGAAGGAGACACUGUAAUAUUUGCAAGUGAUGAUGAACAGGAUAGAAUAUUGUGGGUUCAGGCCAUGUAUAGGGCCACAGGUCAAUCGUAUAAACCCAUUCCUGCAAUUCAAGCCCAGAAGCUGAAUCCUAAAGGAGGAACUCUCCAUGCAGAUGCUCAGCUUUAUGCAGACCGCUUUCAGAAACAUGGUAUGGAUGAGUUUAUUUCUGCGAAUCCCUGCAAGCUUGACCACGCCUUCCUUUUUAGAAUACUCCAGAGGCAGACUUUGGAUCACAGACUGAACGAUUCCUAUUCUUGCUUGGGGUGGUUUAGCCCUGGCCAAGUCUUUGUGCUGGAUGAGUACUGUGCCCGUUAUGGCGUGAGGGGCUGUUACAGACACCUCUGCUACCUUACAGAACUGAUGGAGCAUUCAGAAAACGGUGCUGUCAUUGACCCAACCCUGCUUCAUUACAGCUUUGCGUUCUGCGCCUCUCAUGUGCAUGGCAACAGGCCUGAUGGAAUCGGAACUAUUUCAAUGGAAGAAAAAGAGAAGUUUGAGGAGAUAAAGGAACGACUGUCUUCCCUUUUAGAGAAUCAGAUAAGCCAUUUCAGAUACUGUUUUCCCUUUGGACGACCUGAAGGUGCACUGAAAGCUACACUUUCAUUACUUGAAAGGGUUUUAAUGAAAGAUAUUGCCACUCCCAUACCAGCGGAAGAGGUGAAAAAAGUGGUCAGAAAAUGUCUUGAGAAAGCUGCAUUGAUCAAUUACACGAGACUCACAGAAUAUGCCAAGAUAGAAGGCCCAGCAGAAAAGGAAACAGAGACCAUGAACCAGGCGACUCCUGCUAGGAAGCUGGAAGAGGUUCUUCAUCUAGCAGAGCUCUGCAUAGAAGUCUUACAGCAGAAUGAAGAGCAUCAUGCAGAGGCGUUUGCCUGGUGGCCUGAUUUAUUGGCAGAGCAUGCAGAGAAAUUUUGGGCUUUAUUCACAGUGGAUAUGGAUACUGCACUGGAAGCACAACCACAAGACUCCUGGGACAGUUUUCCUCUUUUCCAGCUGCUCAACAAUUUCCUCCGAAAUGACGCGCUUCUAUGUAAUGGAAAAUUUCACAAACACUUGCAAGAAAUCUUUGUGCCCUUGGUUGUCCGCUACGUGGAUCUCAUGGAGUCCUCCAUCGCCCAGUCAAUUCACAGAGGUUUUGAGCAAGAGACAUGGCAGCCUGUCAACAAUGGCUCAGCAACAUCAGAAGACCUUUUUUGGAAACUUGAUGCACUGCAAAUGUUUGUAUUUGAUCUUCACUGGCCAGAACAAGAAUUUGCCCAUCACUUAGAGCAAAGACUUAAACUAAUGGCCAGUGAUAUGAUAGAGGCCUGUGUCAAAAGAACAAGAACUGCAUUCGAACUCAAGCUGCAAAAGGCAAGCAAAACAACUGACUUGCGCAUCCCAGCCUCUGUGUGUACAAUGUUUAAUGUAUUAGUCGAUGCCAAAAAGCAAAGCACCAAACUCUGUGCCCUGGAUGGAGGACAGGAGCAGCAGUACCAUUCGAAAAUAGAUGAUUUGAUUGACAACACUGUAAAAGAAAUCAUUUCACUUCUAGUUUCAAAGUUUGUUUCAGUGUUGGAAGGGGUGUUGUCUAAGCUGUCAAGAUAUGACGAAGGCACUUUCUUUUCAUCCAUUCUGUCGUUCACUGUGAAAGCAGCUGCAAAAUAUGUUGAUGUUCCAAAACCAGGAAUGGAUCUGGCAGACACCUAUAUUAUGUUUGUUCGGCAAAACCAGGAUAUUCUUCGAGAAAAGGUCAAUGAGGAAAUGUAUAUAGAAAAGUUGUUUGAUCAAUGGUACAGCAAUUCCAUGAAAGUCAUUUGUGUGUGGCUGGCUGAUAGAUUAGACCUUCAGCUUCAUAUUUACCAACUGAAGACACUAAUCAAGAUUGUGAAGAAAACCUAUAGGGACUUCCGAUUGCAGGGUGUGUUGGAAGGCACCCUGAACAGUAAGACCUAUGACACCCUGCACAGACGUUUAACAGUAGAAGAGGCUACAGCUUCUGUUUCGGAAGGAGGAGGACUUCAGGGCAUCACGAUGAAAGACAGUGACGAAGAAGAAGAAGGCUAAUAAAAUGCAGCUCUGCAGAAGGAAGGAGGGCCUUGACAUUGUUUAUUUUGUACCUGUCCUUGUAAUUACAUUGAUUGCUUGGACCAAAUAUAAAUGCUUGUAUUUCACUCUACAUUUUAAAAAGUUAACCUGAA